GAGAAGAUGAAUUGCCUAGGUAAUGAUGCGAUGUGACGAUGGCGGUUUGUCUCUAGAGACAUGAUCCGAAGGGACCAAUCGUGACAGCUAGGUGUUUGCAAGGCGUCAUCGUGUACGCUGAGCCGCCAGCCUAAUCGGACACCGCCUCACUAGUCGCGCGUACGACUCUACAUACUAUGUACGCUAUACGUAUUAUACAUGCAUAUACAGUAUAUACUAUGUAGUUUAUAGACCAACUAUCACACGCACCAUGGCAUUAGUCAUGGUGUUGGGCUUGGGGUAAGUCGUGAUGGGAGAGCUUUUUAAAUGGAGCAGUUAAUGCAAACUGCCAGGAGGCAUGUAGAAAGGGUGGUUUUGGGGUCCGCAGACUCUGCACCGGCAACGUUACCCAUUGACGGCAAUGGAUCACCACAUGAAUCAGCCAGCCGCGGACGGCGUGGGAAAAAUAACUCUCUUUCUGGGUCGUGCAGGUCAUAGGCUUGAUAGGCAACCAGUCAUGACCGUUGUGAGGUCCAAUUACAUACAUACAUAGUACGUUAGAAGUCGAGCACGAGCAUAGCCGAUCUUCGUCCUGCCUCCCGGCCCUACAUAGGCCGGACUAUUUGCGAUAGCAUUGGAGAAAACGCGAGUCCGCGAGGACGUGCGAGAGAGAGACGCAUGAAUAUACAUCCUGGUUCGGAGCUGCGGGGGGAUGAUGGGAUGAUGAAAGGCUAAUGCUAUAGAUAUAUAUAGGUUGGCAUAUUCUUGGAUAAUAUAUAGAAGACGAGUAGAAGCCGUAAGCUUGUACGUGUAUGUGUGAGAUAAAUAGCCAAGAUGAAACAAGAGAAGAGGAGUCUCAUGAAGCCUUAAUAACCGUCAUACAUGGGACUUGGUCUGAGUCUAUGACUACCUACAUAUACCUUACGUAUAUGCGGCGGAGUACAUGGAUGAGGGCAUUUAUCAUGCAGGUGAGUCUGGCGUUUGAAGCAUCUAAUUUGUUGGCGACGACAUGGAGUAGUAGGGUAUUGUAUGUGCUAUGUAUGUGGUACGGGACCCUCCAUUCUUCCCUCCUUCAAGUAUGUAUGUUUCCCACCCCCCACAAAAUUAUCUCUAUCUCUCACUCAUACGGGGAUCCUCUCGGAGCGAAUUACUCUCGCACAGCCAAUCCCUCGGCAUCAAGUCGAAUAUGUAGACCGCGGACUAUUUUCGUCAUCAUAGGUAUUUAUCCCUUUUUCCCUUCUUCUUCUUCUUCGAGCUAUUGGAUAGUUCGAGCUUAGUAUUCGUCUACUAAUGUAUGUAUGUGUGCCCGGAAUUGCGGCCCACUCGUCACCUUGGAGCUGAAGUGAAGCGAGAGCCUCGGGCUAACGAGAAAAAGAGAGAGAGACUUGGAGCUGUCCUGUCCUGUCGAAUCCUUUUUUUUUUUUUUUUUUUUUUCUU